AUGGAGAAGCAGAAGAGGGAGCUGUGGCACAACCGCAUCCCGCCAGGGGCUGCUUCUCCCUCUCCCUCCUCUGGGCAGCCACCUCGGGCGCUCAGCCCAGAGCUGGGAGGCCUGAGCCGGCAGCGCGCAGCACACACGGGACGCCACGUCAUCUCGAGCAUUCUUUCAACCCAAGGCAUCAAACUCCGGGACAAAAAAGCCCUCUCUUCUCACCCACAGAGCCGGCCCUGCCGCCCACUUUACCCAGCCAUUCAGCGGCACCCCCGCUUCCGGAGACUGUUUGACCUUUCCACUCCAGUGUUGCUUUGGGGGGGCCUUUUCACCCCAGAGCUCUGGGACAGCCUGAGCCAACGCAAAGCCCCCUAUGGCUGGCAGGGGCUCUCUCACCAAGUGAUCACCUCCACCCUGAGCCUCCUGAACGACUCUGAGAGCGCCGGGCUGUUUGCCAGUUCUAGGGAGCACCCCCACACCUGCAUUCGGUGUGCCGUGGUGGGCAAUGGGGGCAUCCUCAACGGGUCCCGCCAGGGCCUGAACAUCGACAGCCAUGACUACGUGUUCAGGCUCAACGGUGCUGUGAUCAAAGGCUUCGAGCGCGACGUGGGCACCAAGACUUCCUUCUACGGCUUCACCGUGAACACCAUGAAGAACUCCCUCAUCUCCUACCGGGACCUGGGCUUCAGCUCUGUGCCACAAGGACAGGACCUGCACUACAUCUUCAUCCCCUCAGACCUCCGCGACUACUUGAUGCUGAGAUCUGCCAUCCUGGGUGUGCCUGUCCCUGAGGGCCCCGAUACAGGGGACAGGCCUCACACCUAUUUUGGACCAGAAGCCUCUGCCAGUAAAUUCAAGCUACUACAUCCAGACUUCAUCAGCUACCUGACCAAGAGGUUUUUGAAGUCGAAGUUGAUUAACACACAUUUUGGAGAUCUAUAUAUGCCUAGCACCGGGGCCCUCAUGCUGCUGACAGCUCUGCACACCUGUGACCAGGUCAGCGCCUAUGGAUUCAUCACAAGCAACUACCAGAAAUACUCUGACCACUAUUUCGAACGACAAAAGCAGCCACUGAUAUUCUAUGCAAACCACGACCUGUCCCUGGAAGCCAGCCUGUGGAAAGACCUGCACCAGGCUGGCAUCCUGUGGCUGUACCAGCGCUGACCCCAGGCACUGGACCCUUUGCUUCUUACGGAGCUGGAGUCUCACGUGGCCAGAACGUUUUCCAUUUUCCAACCUUUGGGAGGGGCUUCACAGUCCCUCCCUCUCGAAAGAGGGCGGCUCUGAGGUGGAUUUGUGACUGUCACCACAGCUUGUUCAAGGAAGGUCACCGUAGUUUGUCCUCAUCCAAAAAAUUCAUCUGGGUCUUAGACAUUCCAACCUUGGACAAGGGAAAACGAACUGUUUUCCUGGAUUUGUUUUAAAACGGAAGCAGACACUCCCAAGGUGAAACGUGCCCCUGGCCAGCAAGGGGCCCACAUACCUCAGCGUGAAGCACCGCAAAGCCAGCAGCUGGUGCAGAGUUCAGGAACCCUCGGGAGUGACUCAAGAUCAAACACCAGCAAAGGAAAAAGCACUCCCCAGCCCAGCCCUCCCACUAGCAUGGCAAGACUACACAAAUGCCAAAGCUGCUCAAGGGUACCUGUAAGACUCUCAGAACACCAUAGACUGACUUUAGCCUCUCAAUAAAGUGGGAGAACAAGA